GUCAUUCAGCCUCCACUCUGCUGUGCUGUUGACCGGACUACAUAGAAAACCGCCCAAUCGACUGAAGACUGAUCAGCUGCCGAUAUUAUCAUGUCCAAUCUUUCGCUCUACACGACCACGGCAGUGAUUCUACUGGAUUCGGAUGGACAUCGAUUGAUUGCGAAAUACUUCGAUCCUCCUCACAUCGGAAACCCUUCGGCCAACAACAACGAGGCCAACAAAAAGGGCCCAUCCCCACAUGGGCUUAGUCAGUUGGGAUUCUCCGGCUUCGGCUCCCAACUUCGGACCCUCAAGGAUCAGAGAGCAUUUGAGCAUACCAUCUGGGAUAAGACACGGAAAUCAACCGGUGACAUACUAUUAAUUCAAAAUCAUCUGGUACUCUAUAAAUCGAUUAUCGAUAUCACUGUCUAUGUGAUCGGCCAAGAAGGAGAGAACGAGUUGAUGUUACAAACGUUACUGAACUCGUUCUUCGAUACUCUGUCGCUGUUGCUCCGAAAUCAAGUCGAAAAGCGAGCCGUGCUUGAGAAUCUUGACCUCGUCAGUCUCUGCUUGGACGAAAUGGUUGAUGACGGGAUCAUCCUUGAAACCGAUUCGGUAGCUAUCGCAUCAAGAGUUUCAAGACCCAAGGCUGACGUCGGAGUGGGCGUUAAUCUGUCGGAUAUCACUAUCAAUGAACAAACGAUCAUGCAAGCAUUUUCUAACCUCCGUGACAAAGCCGCCCAGAGACUCUUGCAAGGUUCCCUAUAGUUUUCUUAGAACACAGUUUUCCCUUUCCUCUUCAUCUAGAAGGAUGUGUUACUUUGGUGAUGAUGUGUAAUAACUUUUCUAUCCCUUCUUUUUUCCCCAUUGUGACUCUGAUCUCUCCCUUUUCUUUUUCUUCUUUAGAGUGAAUCAAUUAUUGAACAUAUUCAACAAAAUCUGGAUCUGCUGAACCUUGCCCUAGACUUGUCCAUGAUCCAUAGAGCAUCACUCAAUCAUAUUAGAUCCUCCCCCUUCUGACACAUUUCUUACUGAAGUGGGGUUUAUCUAAUCAUCACAUGUACCUCACUCUUCAGUAGUAGUUCAUUUGGGCUUCUGUCAGAAGUUUGAGGGAACC